AAAAAUAGCACAUCACACUACUCUGAAUGUGUGGUGUGGUCUGUGAUUACGAGCCAAAUAGUUUUGAAAUUAAAAAAAAUUAGUCUUAGUGUAAAAUGGAAUAUUUCGUUACGCUCCACGAAGAUGUCAGCCGAAGCGGAGAUCCGCGCGUCGCCAACUGGUUUCUGGUUCGCUCGCCACUGCCAAUCAUUGGAAUAAUAGUCUCGUAUUUACUGUUAGUCUUUUAUGGCCCUCGAUUCAUGGAGAAGCGUACAGCGUUCACACUUAAAUAUUUGAUGCGGAUCUACAACAUAUUCCAGAUAAGCCUUUCGGCUUAUAUGUUUUACGAAUUUCUCGUCACCUCUGUUUUAUCGCGUUAUGAUCUAACUUGUCAACCAAUUGACACUUCCAUGGAUCCCCUCGCGCUAAGAAUGGCCGAUGUCUGCUGGUUGUUUUUCUUUUCAAAAGUUAUCGAUAUGAUUGAUACGGUAUUUUUCGUUUUACGAAAAAAGAACAAUCAAUUAACAUUCCUACACAUCUUUCAUCAUAGCACUAUGGUAUUUAAUUGGUGGCUCGGAGUUAAAUACGUUCCCGGAGGACAAUCUUUCUUCUGUGCAAUGCUCAACUCCUUGGUUCAUGUUGUAAUGUACAGCUAUUAUUUAUUGAGCUCACUCGGGGCGUGGAUUCAGCCGUAUCUGUGGUGGAAACGCUAUUUGACUCAAUUCCAGAUAGUUCAAUUUGUUCUUAUCGUGUUUCACAUCUCCUACGGUCACUACAACAACUGUGAUUUCCCUUCGACACUCAGCGUCGUACUGGCACUUUACUGUUUAACACUUUUAGUGUUCUUUUCCCAUUUCUACAUUCAAGCAUACCUGCGCAAGUCAAAGAAACUGCCAUAAUGGCCACGAAGCAAUUUUAUUUCUAAAAUUGACGACCUCUUUAUCGAUUAAAUUGAAUUUUUUAACACUAUAAAAUAAAGAACUCAUAUAAAUUACAA